UCCGUUUGUUGUUGUCAUGGCGCCGUUUCAAACUGCUGUCCAGACWUCACGGGAUUUUAAAAGCUUAUUCACGGUGUAUGUUUUAGUUUGGUAUUCUGCCCGUCUGUAUAUUCUUUAAUUCCAGACUUAARCAGUUGGAUAUAAACGACGACAAAAUGGUGGAAUCGUCAGUUUUGGGGUUAACCUGAAGUAAACGAGGUGCAUUGAAAGGUUGCGUUAGCUUGCUCGUGCUAAUAGGUAUUAGCAUUAGCUAUAAAUUAUUAUUUACAGUUGUUACCAUUGUUUUUAUGACGUCUGUCGCUGCAAUGCCAGCACAGUUACCAGGACUUCAAAACCAGGAAAGAAACUGGGUUUAUGUAGGCUCAGCCCGAAACAAUAACAAUUCAACAACUAGGACGUCCCAAACAAAGUUGUUGUUUAAUGAAGCCAUUCCUGUGAGUGUGGUCAACCGUGCCACUCGUGUAGGCCCUCCAGCUCCCAUUGUGAUAGAGAGACUGCUUCCACGUCUGGAGAUGMGCGAGAGUCCGGACAGCCUCCGCAGCUCCCGCAGCUUCACCGUGCUCUCCGAGGAGAGGCUGCAGGCUGCUGUCAAACUGGCCAAGCGAGACCUAAGGCGAAGGCACCUCGGAUCACUYGCAAAGACCUCACCGAAACAUUUGCAGGAGGUCUCUGUCUUUGAAACAAGUGAUGUGGAGCUGCUUCAGGUAAACUAUAAUAGAAUACACAAUUUUCAGUCUAUAAACAAGUCAACCAGCAGCAUGUCCAGUCUUUCUGCAGGUGAACAACUGGAUGAGUCUUUGGACCCGGAGGAGCAAAUCAAGCUGGAGAUACGCAGACAGAAACAGGCUGCGCGCUCAGCUCGCAUCAUUUAUGUUCUGCAGCGACAGGUGAAAGAGAUACAAGAUGAUAUUGAAAAACUCAAAAGAGAGAAAAUGUGGGAGACAAAAAAGGCCCAGACCCGUCCUCCACGCAGGAGGUCUCCUCACCGCAGCGCGUCCCCCACCACCGGGCCCCACACUCUCAGCAUGGCAGCUGCUCUGGGCCCUCACAGACCUGCAAAUCCUAGAGGAUCUGUUCGUGGUGGGCGAAAAGUCAUGCUACAAAAGCUGAAACCAUCUUCCCACCAACCUCUGGUGGCUGGUGUUCACAACGUCGGCCAGCAGARGGAGCUGCAGAGACUUCCUCAGCCAAACGCUAACCACCAGAGCAGGCGGCACCGGGGGAGGAGAAAAGCUGACGUAAUGAAGAUGAGAGACGCAGGUUUCCAACAGCCGACAGUUUCCUCUCAUCUCCGAGUCAGUCAGCUGCCUCAGCGGGAGAAGUCUGUUCCCUGGAUGCCAACGUCGCCCCACUCUCCUCAACAGCAAGCGCCUCAGAGGUGGAGGCCUGAGCCCCGCUGCCUCUUCUCCCCGGUGAAGCCCCUGCCGAGCCCUCCAGGGGAGGAGCAGGCGGGACGUCAGUCAGAAGCCGAGCGAAGAGUGAGCGCCGCCACGCAGCGAGCAGCUCCGAAAGAAGCAACGAGUACGUCUUAUCAAGAGGAGAUGACUACGCAGCUCAGUGAGGAAGAGGCGCCACACAUUCAGAGAUUAAGGUCUGAAGACGUUUUCCAGAACCAGUGGGCUGAGGGAGCUGAGCACGGGGCCAGAGAGGGCAGCCAGCGACUCUCUGGUGAAACACAGCAGGAAGGUGUGGCCAAGAACAAGCCUGACAGAUCUAGGAGGAUACGGCUCUCUGAGCACGCUGAUGAGAUGGCAGCAGGCGAUCACGUGCGACUCGUUGAGCAUCAGGAAGAAGAUCUGUUAAAGGACACUGCUCCCGAUGCGUGGGCCAUAAACACGGGCAUGGGGGACAUGACCUGGCGUGGGCUGCAGACCUCCACCCUGGAGAGCAUGCUACUUCGGAUGGAGGAAAUACAGAGAGAAGAAGAAGAAGUGAGGAGGCGGUUYGCAUCCAUCGCCUAUUCAGACCCUCUUUACUGGGACCGCUCAAGAACAUCAGGAUCCCAGCCUCUCGCUCCAGGCUCCAGGCUGGCCUCUCCUCAACCCAUUAGGCUCACCAGGCCGGCGCUGAAACAGACUACYGCAGCUGAUAUUAUUCUGGAGAAACCCAUAGAGGCAGGUUUCCUGUUUGAGAGCAGCCCAACGGAGGUCCAAACACAGGACCAACAACAACACCUACCCACAAACAAAAUUUUGCCCAAUGACAGGGCAGAGAGAAGCAGGACCGUUCUCUCGGUGCCAGGCAGCACGCUGAAGAACAUCCGCCAGUAUAAGGAAGACUACAACGCCUACCUCGGUUCUGGGUCUCAAGGGGCCAUUGACAGCUUCAACACCUGGGCCGCUGCGGACAGCGUGGCGGAGGACCUGCUGUCGGAGGCGCUGGCGGACGUGGCGAAGGAGUUCCAGGUCGUGGUGGAGGAGUAUGCCGAGGCCGUGUUCACCUCCGAGUUCCUGCAGCCCGUCCACUCAGUUCCUGCGUCAGCUCCGGCUGUAGCUGGGAAAAACCAGUAGGGAGAAACCAGUAGGGAGCCCCCAGAGCUGCGUCGGCUACGGUUUCCUUAAAAACUGUACCGUACCGCAUUACGUGUUCCUGUUGGAUUAAACCUGAAAUUUCAGACACAAAA